GGCCCGGCGCCCGCCGGCGCGGCACCAUGUCGGCCAAGGUGCGGCUGAAGCGGCUGGAGCAGCUGGUGCUGGACGGGCCGCAGCGGCACGACAGCGUGCUCAGCGUGGAGACCCUGCUCGACCUCCUGGUCGGCGUCUACGCCGAGUGCAGCCGCGACUCGCCGCUCCGCCGCGACCGAUACGUCUCCGACUUCCUCGAGUGGGCAAGACCAUUUACAAAACUGGUAAAGGAAAUGCAACUUCAUCGAGAUGAUUUUGAAAUUAUAAAAGUGAUUGGAAGAGGUGCAUUUGGUGAGGUUGCGGUGGUUAAAAUGAAGUGUACAGAACGCAUUUAUGCAAUGAAAAUUCUAAAUAAGUGGGAAAUGCUUAAAAGGGCAGAGACCGCUUGUUUCCGAGAAGAGAGAAAUGUUUUGGUGAAUGGAGAUUGUCAGUGGAUUACUACAUUGCACUAUGCCUUUCAGGAUGAGAACUAUUUGUAUCUAGUGAUGGACUACUAUGUUGGUGGUGACUUACUGACGCUUCUCAGUAAGUUUGAGGACAAGCUUCCUGAAGAUAUGGCUAGGUUCUACAUUGGUGAAAUGGUGCUUGCUAUACAUUCCAUACAUGAGCUGCAUUAUGUGCACAGAGACAUAAAGCCUGAUAAUGUUCUUUUGGACAUGAAUGGCCACAUACGACUAGCAGACUUUGGAUCCUGUUUGAAAAUGAGUGAAGAUGGCACGGUGCAGUCGUCAGUAGCUGUGGGUACUCCUGACUACAUCUCUCCUGAGAUACUGCAAGCAAUGGAAGAUGGAAUGGGCAAAUAUGGGCCUGAAUGUGACUGGUGGUCACUGGGUGUCUGCAUGUAUGAAAUGCUUUAUGGUGAAACACCCUUUUAUGCAGAGUCAUUAGUGGAAACCUACGGGAAGAUUAUGAAUCAUGAAGAGCGAUUUCAAUUUCCAUCCCAUGUUACAGAUGUAUCUGAAGAAGCAAAAGAUCUUAUUCAGCGUCUUAUCUGCAGUAGAGAACGUAGACUGGGACAAAAUGGAAUAGAGGAUUUUAAGUCUCAUGCGUUUUUUGAAGGACUUAAUUGGGAUAACAUCCGAAACUUAGAAGCGCCUUAUAUUCCAGAUGUUAGCAGUCCUUCUGACACAUCAAACUUUGAUGUAGAUGAUGAUGUAUUAAGAAAUCCAGAAGUGGUGCCACCAAGUUCUCAUACAGGCUUUUCUGGAUUGCAUUUACCAUUUGUUGGGUUUACAUACACAACCGAUAGUUCUUUAUCUGAUAGAGGCUCUUUAAAGAGUGCAAUGCAGUCUGACACUGUAACCAAAGAUAUGGAUGCACAGCAUGACUUAAAGAACAGUUCACAAAUAGAAGGCUAUCAAAAGAAAAUAUGGAAAUUGGAGCAAGAAAAGCAAGAUUUGAACAGAAAACUGCAAGAAUCUACACAAACAGUGCAGAACCUCCAGGGUCCAGUGUGUGUUACAGUAAAUACAAACCGUGAUAAGGAAGUAAAAAAAUUAAAUGAAGAAAUUGAACGGUUGAAGAACAAAUUAACAGAUAUAAGUAAACUGGAAGGGCAGCUUGCAGAUGCAGUGGCUUUUCGACAAGAACAUGAAGACUCUAUACACAAAUUAAAAGGAUUGGAAAAACAGUGCAGAGUAUUGCGGCAAGAGAAGGAGGACCUUCAUAAGCAACUCGUAGAAGCCUCAGAGAGACUAAAAGCGCAAUCCAAAGAACUGAGGGAUGCCCAUCAGCAAAGAAAGCUAGCUGUACAGGAGUUCUCUGAGCUCAGUGAGAGGAUGGGAGACUUGCGCUCUCAAAAGCAGAAGCUCUCCCGGCAACUUCGCGACAAAGAAGAGGAGGUAGAAGUGAGCAUGCAGAAAAUUGAUGCCAUGCGACAGGACAUACGUAAAUCGGAGAAAAUCAGAAAAGAGUUGGAAGCCCAGCUGGAAGAAGUUGCAGCAGAAGCAUCAAAAGAACGCAAGCUUCGUGAGCACAGUGAGGUCUUCUCCAAGCAGCUGGAAAAUGAACUGGAAGCUCUAAAGGUAAAACAGGGAGGCCGGGCAGCAGGUGUCACACUAGAACAUCAGCAGGAGCUUUCCAAAAUGAAGUCUGAGCUGGAGAAAAAAAUCUUAUUUUACGAAGAGGAGUUGGUCCGACGAGAAGCAUCACAUGUCUUGGAAGUAAAAAAUGUAAAAAAAGAAGUACACGAUUCAGAGAGCCAUCAGCUUGCGCUGCAGAAAGAGAUCAUGAUACUAAAGGAUAAACUAGAGAAAGCAAAACGAGAGAGGCACAGUGAGAUGGAGGAAGCAGUAGGAACAAUGAAAGAGAAAUACGAGCGUGAAAGAUCUAUGCUGUUGGAAGAUAACAAAAAGCUAACAACAGAAAAUGAGAGGCUUUGCUCCUUUGUGGAUAAGUUAACAGCACAGAACAGGCAGCUAGAAGAUGAGCUCCAAGAUCUAGCAGCAAAGAAGGAGUCUGUUGCUCACUGGGAAGCUCAGAUUGCAGAAAUUAUUCAAUGGGUAAGUGAUGAGAAGGAUGCUCGUGGCUAUCUCCAAGCAUUAGCUUCCAAGAUGACAGAAGAACUAGAAUCAUUAAGAAGUUCCAGUCUGGGUUCAAGAACACUGGAUCCACUUUGGAAAGUACGACGCAGUCAGAAGUUGGAUAUGUCAGCUAGGCUGGAGUUACAGUCUGCUCUUGAUGCAGAAAUUCGUGCCAAACAACUAGUUCAAGAAGAGCUUCGAAAAGUUAAAGAUGCAAACAUAUCUUUUGAAAGUAAAUUAAAGGAAUCAGAAGCAAAAAACAGGGAACUGUUGGAAGAAAUGGAAGGUUUGAAGAAAAAGCUGGAAGAAAAAUACAGAACUGAUACAGGUCUCAAACUUCCAGACUUUCAAGAUUCCAUUUUUGAAUAUUUCAACACCUCUCCUCUUGCACGUGAUCUGACUUUCAGAACCAGUUCUAUUAGUGAGCAGGAAACACAAGGUCCCAAACCAGAAGUUUCACCAUCUACUUCAGUUAUAACUGCAGAGCAACAACAAGAAUUUUUUGUGAUUCAGGAACCAAUUCGGCUUCAGAGGAUGCCUGCUGUUCCUUCCCCCACCAUUCAGUCCAUUUCUCUAGCUGUACCAAAGCCUAAAGCUCACCAGCUCAAUAUCAAGUCAUUUACAAGCCCUACUCAGUGUAGUCAUUGCACCUCUCUUAUGGUGGGAUUAGUUCGACAAGGUUAUGCCUGUGAUGUGUGUUCAUUUGCAUGCCAUGUUUCCUGCAAGGAUAGUGCACCUCAGGUCUGUCCAAUACCCCCUGAGCAAGCCAAGAGGCCUCUUGGAGUAGAUGUGCAAAGAGGAAUAGGAACCGCCUAUAAAGGCUACGUCAAGGUUCCGAAGCCUACAGGAGUUAAGAAAGGGUGGCAGAGAGCUUAUGCAGUUGUUUGUGACUGUAAACUCUUCUUAUAUGAUGUGCCUGAAGGGAAAUCCACGCAGCCUGGAGUUGUUGCAAGUCAAGUCUUGGAUCUCAGAGAUGAAGAUUUUUGUGUGAGCUCUGUCCUGGCAUCAGAUGUAAUACAUGCAACUCGUAAAGAUGUCCCUUGUAUAUUCAGGGUGACAGCUUCUCUCUUAGGUUUGCCUUCAAAGUCUUGUUCUCUGCUGAUCCUGACGGAAAAUGAAAAUGAGAAGAGAAAGUGGGUUGGAAUUCUAGAAGGGUUGCAAUCUAUCCUGCACAAAAACAGGCUGAAAAACCAAGUUGUGCAUAUUCCACAAGAAGCCUAUGACAGUACACUGCCUCUUAUUAAAGCAAGUUUAGCUGCUGCUAUUGUAGAUCGUGAUAGAAUAGCAAUUGGUUCAGAAGAAGGACUGUAUGUGAUAGAGGUGACCCGUGAUGUGAUAGUCCGAGCUGCUGACUGUAAGAAGGUGUACCAGAUCGAGCUUGCUCCCAAAGAGAAGAUCAUCAUCCUCAUCUGCGGUCGGAACCACCACGUCCACCUCUACCCCUGGGCCUCUCUGGAUGGAUCGGAAGGAAGCUUUGACAUGAAGCUUGCAGAAACUAAAGGAUGCCAACUGAUUACAACUGGAACCCUGAAGAAAAGUUCUUCAACUUGUUUGUUUGUGGCUAUCAAGCGACAGGUUUUUUGCUAUGAAAUUCACAGAACUAAACCUUUCCACAAAAAAUUCAGUGAAAUUCAGGCUCCAGGGACUGUACAGUGGAUGUCAGUGUUCAAGGACAAACUCUGUGUUGGCUACCAGUCUGGGUUCUCUCUGUUGAACAUCCAGGGAGAUGGACAAUCUAUAAACCUGGUAAAUCCUAAUGACCCCUCGCUUAUGUUCCUCUCACAGCAGUCUUUUGAUGCCCUUUGUGCUGUGGAGCUCAGUAAUGAGGAAUACCUGCUUUGCUUCAGCCAUAUGGGAAUAUACGUCGAUUCACAAGGUCGAAGGUCACGCAUGCAGGAACUAAUGUGGCCUGCAACUCCUGUUGCCUGUAGUUGUAAUUCUUCAUAUGUAACAGUGUACAGCGAGUAUGGUGUUGAUGUAUUUGAUGUUAACACUAUGGAAUGGGUCCAGACUAUUGGCCUGCGAAGGAUCAGACCCUUAAACAUGGAUGGAACACUAAAUCUCCUUAACUGUGAGCCGCCAAGACUAAUAUAUUUCAAGAACAAGUUUGCAGCAGGAGCUGUCCUCAGUGUACCGGAAACAUCUGACAACAGCAAAAAGCAAAUGCUUCGAACUAGGAGCAAAAGAAGAUUUGUAUUUAAGGUUCCUGAGGAAGAGCGGUUACAACAAAGGCGGGAAAUGCUUAGAGACCCUGAGCUAAGGUCAAAGAUGAUUUCUAACCCAACAAAUUUCAACCACGUGGCUCAUAUGGGACCAGGAGAUGGAAUGCAGGUUCUCAUGGACCUCCCGUUGAAUGAAUUUCCUUCCCCCUCAUCCUCUCGACAUUCUACUCUGGUAUCACCUCCAACAGGCUUUGAGCACGUCUAUCACAUGAGCCCUGUCUCUGCUGAAAUCUUUCUCCAGAGCGACCAUUCCUCACUACAAGGCUCCCCUCUGCUUUCUUCCUCUUCCUGUCCCUCCUCUGCUUCCCUAGCAAGGAGUGUUUUACCUGCUGCCCAGGAUGAAAAACCGUGUCCCUCUACAGCUAACCUUUCACGGCAGCAGCAGCAGCAGAGAAACAAAACAUACAUUUCCUGGCCCUCAUCAAGUGGCAGUGAUGUGGGAGGAGCCAUUCCUUCCCGGAGUAUGUCCGAUCCUGAUCAGGAGUUUGACAAAGAGCCUGAUUCAGACUCCACCAAACAGUCUACUCCAUCGAACAGCUCAAAUCCAAGUGGUCCCCCAAGUCCCAACUCUCCUCAUAGGAAUCAGCUUACACUAGAUGGACUGGACCAGUCAACCUGUGAUGCAUAACACUUCAGUUCUCACCGUUCUGGCUUCAAUCAUCCACUGCUCCAUGGAGUAUUCCAGAGCAGGGCAAAGCUGUCGCAGAUGCUAGUGCCAAGACUGACACUGAAUUGCUAGUGUUGUACAAGAAUAAUUAUAUAUCCAGAUUGUAGAUACAAACUAUUGAAAUGAAGAAAAUUCUUUACUAAAUAGUGAUUGAGUUUUUUAUGCAGAAUUGUUCACUGCUCAGUUAUGGUUGAUUCCUUUCUGCACAGCUGUGACACAGUUUUAUUGCAUAGGAGCAUUUAAGGCCACCAGUAAAUAGUCUUAUUCUUAUGCUGAAAAAGAAAUAGAGAGAGAUACUGAUAAUGUUGCUACAAUAUCAGGAAUAUUAUUUUUCUAUAGAAUGAUGUAAUGUCUCAUUAGCAGGAAAUCCUUUUAGACACAAUUUAGACCUCUGAAUAGGAAAUGCAAGCAGGUCUAGUUACAUCCUCAGAUAAAUAUACUUCUCCCUUUUUCCCAUAACUGUUUGUUUCCUAACCCUUAAGGAGAAUGCUAGGAAGCGUACGUUGUUCCCAGUAUCAACAGAAUCACCAAGAAGUGAAAUAAAAGUUGGUUAUAGUUUUGUGGCCUUUUAAUUCAUUUAGCCAUUACAUAUUCAGCUGCAUAACUGUCUUUCUAUCUUUCUACCAACUUUAGUCUUGUACAUAGGAGUACUACUACCAGUUACCCUGCUUUUUAGUCCUCAUCAAUCACAAUCAUUAGUCAGAGCUUUUAAAAUAUUGAUAAUUACUGCUGUGAAAAAAAUUUACUCAUAGUUCCUGCUAUCUCCUUCUGAGAAAUCUUCUCCUGGAUUUUUGGGUGUAAAGACACACUACAUUGUUUAGCUAGCAAACCUUCUUGUGGACACAUGGCCCUUGAAGUCUGCUUGAUCUAAGGGACUUUAUCACUAAAACAUCAGUCUACUGGUUACCAAAUUGGAACGUGAAGGAUGUGUAACUGAGGGUGCUGCUUUUUUUAUUAAUUGUAUCCUCACCUGCAUGAAGACCCCAUGAUUAUUAAUCAAGUAUUGAUCAUGUAGAAAAAUGCACAACACACUCCUGUAUAUUUUGCUAUGGCCCACGUGCAGUGGUGAUGUUUUGCGUGUAUAUUUAAUCUCUUGCUUCCAUGUAUUAUACAUUUAGUAAUCAAAGAUUUGUGACCAUGUUUCAUUAAAAGCUUGUAAUUAAUUCAGUGGCUGGCAUAUCCAGUUUGUCAUUGUCACACUAGUGUGCCUUCUGUGCCAAUUUUAUGACAGUUGGAUGUCACUUAUUUAAAAUUUGGUUUAAAUGGUCUAAUGAUAUACCAAUGGCUAAUGUUCUAUUCUGAAACACUGUAUAGGACGUGCACUUAUCUUUAGUUUAAACUGAGUGUUCUAGUCAACAUUUAAUCCUGUUACGUUAAGUGUUCGACAGUACUUGCUCUUUUUCUCAGAUUAUUGAUAAAGGGGCUCAGUUAGAGCUGGACACUACUGCUUUGGGGUUUUCUGGUUUUUACUUUUUUAAUGUAAGUCUAAGUCUUUGUAAUUAUUGAAUUGUGAGAACAUUUUUGAACAAUUUACCUGUCAAUAAAGCAGAAGAGGGAGGUUUUAAAGUU